AUGAAGGUUUUCCUCUUGAUCGCAACCCUCUUUGCCCUGUUCCAUGGCGGCGCUGCCUGUGAUUGCGGCACUCUGGCAUCCACGACCAUAGAGAGCACUGCCUAUGGUACUUACUCUACCACGUUCUCUGAUGCUGGACAGUCGUGGACCAUUGAUGUGGUUUACUCGGCCAGUGGUUUUCGCGGUACUCUGACCAACAAUGACCGCAGUGAGAGCUGUACGGGCAGUGGAAGUCUUACUUCCGUCUCCUCCACACAGAUCUCUGCAUCUCUCUCUAUCUCCUCUGACAGUUUUACAUCACCUUAUAGUUGUGGGUCCUCGGUGACAGCAACGGUUACCUUCGACGGAACGAGUACCUUCACUGUUCAGUACGACGUUUCAUCCAUCGGAUUCACCUACUCAGGCACCAUCACGGGAGACUGCACAUUUGCUUGCUCUACCACGUCUGCUCCAAGUGCAUCGCCUGUAGCUGCAACACCUACCACUGGCACCACCCCAACUGCAGCCCCAGUGGCCGCCCCGGACAACACUCCAUCACCAUCCGUCCAAUUCUGCUUCUCUGGAGAUUCCACAUGCCUCGUCCAGGGCCGUGGGGAGGUUGCUAUGGAAGACUUGCAAGUCGAAACUGGAUUGGUGGGAUUCCUUCAGACCCUGAAUCACAACCAGAUGCACAUUGUUACAGCUCCUCUCCGUGUGUUUUGCAUGGGGGCCAUCUCUUCCAAUGUUUGCAAUUCCUAUGACAAGGAUGGAAUUUCCUAUGGUGCUUCCUUCAUUCUCCAUGCCAGCAAGUGGGUCCAGGGUCAGAGCAUGGUAGUUCAGGCCCCCAUUGCCCUGGUUGUUGCCAUGGUGGUUGCUCUCUGCUGGCUUUUGGAGAUGGCCUUUGGUGCUUCCCUUGCACCUCUCGGAGGACUUGCGAUUGGGGGAGCCAUCUCUUACUGCUACAAGAAAUACGGACGUGGAUCCAAAGUGGUCUAA